AUGGACAUUGACCCUGGCAGGGCUUGGGAGUGCAGGCCCGAUGUUCGCGGGCCCUGCAUCGGACUGGCUGCUUACGGAUUGGCGCGCUUUCUAGUUGCAUGGGUGCGAUGUCAACCCAGGAGCUCCAACCAGGGCUGGAAGCCGGCGGCGCUUGCCCCAAAGAUCACCGUGCGCGCCGACGAUACGGCUCCUUCUGAAAAGGAGAGGACACAGAUGGCAUCUUGGCUCCGCGGGCGCCGUCUCUUCCAGCAUGGAAGCCAUGUGUUUAGCACAUGUGGCCUGGCGCGCCAUCGGGGCCAUGUCUCAGUCAAGCACAAGGUUCCACCAGAAUGGCGCCCAGGUGGAGCAGAACGCUGGCAGGGGAUCCAGCUCUCGACCCCGGCAAACCCCCCAGCAACCAGCACCCAUGCGAGGUACCAACGGCCGUUGUGGAACGGUUCUCGCGCCGCGGCACAUCAGAUGAACCGUCAACCUCAGCCGCCGCGUGCCGAUCAAACUCUCGAAGCAGUUCGAGUUCUACCCAACCCUUGUCAGACGAAUUGCGCUACCCAACUAGCCUCACAUUGCCACAUGCAGAAACUUCUGCCGCCUUGGACCGGAACCCGUUCAGGGGUCCUAGCCUUGGAGAAGCUCACUCUGCCCUAG